UCACAUCUCGUUACGCCAUUUUUGUUGGGGAGCAGCAGUCGUGUCCAGAAAAAGGAGGAUUAGAUUCAGUUCAGGUACAAUCAAACAGUAUUCCUCGUUUAUAUUCAUCUUCUUCAGAGUUCAUCUGGUAAAAACGGGGACAACUGUGCUUUGUCCAUAUCACACUCAACACAAUGUCGUCAGAAAACCUGGACUCGGACACUCAGGUGGACUACGAGGACGAAAAACAGGACUCCCAGGAGAAAAAUGCAAACCCUGUGAAGGCAGAGGAGGCCAAGCUGAAGGCAAAGUACCCCGGCCUGGGCCAGAAGCCCGGUGGCUCAGACUUCCUGAUGAAGAGACUACAGAAAGGGCAAAAGUACUUUGACUCAGGCGACUACAACAUGGCCAAGGCCAAGAUGAAGAAGCUUCCCGUGGCAGGGCCCGACAAGAACCUGGUGACCGGCGACCACAUUCCCACGCCGCAGGACCUGCCCCAGAGGAAGUCCUCCUUGGUGACCAGCAAGCUAGCCGGCUAGCCUCCCAUCGACCCAGAAGCACCCUCACCCCCCUGGGGCUCCCGUCAAAAUGUCCCUCCUCCUCACCCGUGUCCCCAAUAUGUCCAUCCCCUACCCCUCUCUUCCCUUUCUCAUCCCCAGGCACCACUGGCUUUAACAUGUCGGGCAGAGUUGUAUAAGUUAAAACUCCAUUUUGCUUGUAUGUGGGUGGGGCGGGGUGGGAGGGAGGGAUGGAGGUUUAGGCGGCGGAUGGAUGGAGGUCGCAGCCUUCUCUGCCUUCCCACCACGCACAGCUCUGCCCCCUCUGCGCACUCUGCUCUACCGCCUCCCUUAUGUCUUGGUUUUUCGGUGUUCCAAGAUGCAUCACAGUAGGUGUGUCAGCGGGCAGGGGUUGGAUGGGGUGAGUUAAUGCACUUUGUAGUCUGUAUAGUAUGCUUUGUUCUUUUUUUUUUUGCAUCCUAAAUGACACCAAAAUGAUGUGUGUAAGGGAGUUAGGAACCAUGAUCGCAGCGCGUUCUCUGAUCUUUAUGUUCCCUAUCUGUGCUGGUGGCUGGCUUCGUCGGGGAGGGGUUGGAAAGAUGUAUGUGAAUAAUCGCUUGCAUACCAAAUCUGUGAGGGGCAGCUGCCUAGCUUAAGAGUUCUUUAGCAUUCGCUGACACCAUAUUGGGAAAUGGGGGAAAAACGAAUCGAGGUGUCCUUAUCAUCUCAUCCUUCGGUCACCUUUUUCGUCAAACAAAACCCGAGGUCAUCUGCUGCAGUUUCAGCCAAGCGGGGGUUUGAAGCACCACUUUUUUUUCUCUCUUUCUCUCUGCUCAUGUUGCUUUAAUUCUUGACUCCCUUUGCUCUUCUUCUCUCUAAAUAUGCUGCAUGAUUGUAACAUGUAACAGAAAAAGAAAUUUAACAUGUUUUUUUUUUGUUUUUAACGGGAGUGGGGUAUCUGCUUAGUGAUAGGAAGUAUCAAAACAAACACACGAGGCCCUGAAACGUCCACAGUCACACUUCCUUCCUUCCUUCCUUCCUUUCCUUUCCUUUCCUUUUUGCUGUCCCGACAAUCCAUGUACACACGCUCCUGUUAGCGGCCAAGGGCAAGAGCCAGCUGAGUAUAUCCUUGUAUUAUUUUUAAUGGCUGGGAACCUUGCCAAUCUCUUGAGUUCAGUCUUAGUUUGGUGGCUGUUGAGUUGCAUCAAGACGUGUGUUCACUAAGAGCCUAAAAGAUUUGUGGGGGUAUUGAAGCACCCUGCAUAGAGUGUAUAUGCUUCUGUAAAUAAUACACACAAAAAAAAGCACGUAGUUCGUGAUAUGCUUGGCGCUUUGAGGACCAGCUGACAUGCCUGAGAGAAGUGCUAGUGCUAAAUCGACUCACUUGGGAUUACAUCCUGGGAUUUCUGGCUUGGAAAUUUUGUGCUUUACCAACGGAGCCAAAAUUUCACACUGCAGCUAUCAUCAGGCUCAGAGACUGUGGGUUCGCCUUGUCUUUUUCAAUGUGACUGUUAACCAUCUAAUCUCGCUCACAUUGUGAUGUGACCAGGCAGACUGCAGCCCAGGCUGGUCUGGCUCAUGUUGUGUUUGGAUCUCAUGGAGGUAUGAAAAAGUGACGUGAUCAUGAUCCAGACAUCUUACUUUCUUGUCAUCUUUUAAACACCACUAAAAAAGUUAGCAUUUCAGUGUCACACGCGUCAACACAUGUAUUUUGACUAGACUGCCAUAUCCGAUCACGAAAGACAAAAAUAGUCAUAGCCUUCAUACAUGUAGUUGCGUCCCGCAAAUGGCACGUGCUGUGAAAAUCAGACGUUUGGGAGCGACCAAAAGAGUUAUUCUUAUUCAAGCUGCUUGUUAAAGCUAAAAAAAAAAAAGACAUUGAUUUCUUCAUCUUUUUGUUGGAGAUUAUUUUCUCCAUGUUUCAACACUUUCAGAAUACACUGUAUAUCACAGUCAGAUGCAGUGGUUCCCUUUCACAUUGUGAAACACUAACUUUACUAAAAAGAAUACUACUACUUUGCUUCCCUUAAAUCUUAGUUGGAGUAUAGAUCUGCUUCUACUACCAGCGCCCCGUAGAACAAACUGACCCGCUACACAGACUGAUCUUUGAUCUCAGGGGUGUCAGAGGGUAAACAGCAGGCGACCUGGUAACAACAGGUGUCAGCCCAGCUCCCAAGAUCGUCAUCGCAGGCUUAAAGUGGGACACUGCAUGCCUGCAGGAUGCGCUCACCCGAACACUUGGCAAAGCAGAGAGGAGAUUUUGUAACACACGGUGAGGGGGCAAAGUGCGUGCCGUCCACACAUUCAAGAAUCUGAACUGGACGCCCCGCGGUCACUGAGAAUCAGCCUCCUUGUAUAAUACUGCUUCAGGGAACCUUCACAAACGCACUCUCCACCACGUAGGCUAGGUGAUAGCAGGGUGCAUGCACCAUCACAUUCUCAACCUCACUUCUUUUUUCAUUGAGACUUUAAAAAUGUGUCAAAUGUGCAGUGGACGAAAGAGAGCUGACCUGUACGUAUGUGCUUGUUAUGGCGUUGUAUGAAUGCACUGCUUUUCUCUGUUCCAGCCAUUGUAAAUAGACUUCAACAGGAAGGGAUUUUUGUGUUGUUUCCCACCUGCUUUUCACUCUUUCAUAGCCUGAGCUAUUUUCUGAUUCAAUGGUUCCUCUCUCCUUUCAGUUUAACACUACUUCUGCUCUAUCUUAGUGAAUUGCAGAGGCUAUGUGAAUCUGUAUCAUAUGAAAAUAUGUGUAAAUGCUGCUGAUUCAGUCAACGACAAAUCUAAGAGAUGAUACCCUGUAAAGAACACCUGUCCUCUUGAUUCUACCAGUCCAACUCUGUUCUCCCCGAGUGUCUUUGUUUCAGAGUCCUAUAGCUCCUGUUGCAAAGUCAAAUCAGUUGAGACUGGUCAACCUCAAUGUAAAUUCUACCACUAAAUUUGAAAGAUGCAUUGUUGAAUUUGAUCCAACUUUUGGUCCGGACAGAGCCAGAAAGUUCUGGAAAGCUUUGUGUCACUUCGAUUGACAAGAACAGACCAUUUAGCAUCAUAUUGUGUUUAAAAACCUACAGUUUUGUGCUUUAAAAAGUAAGGAUUGUUAAGAGAAAUGGGUGAAUAAGCUACAACGUGUUCUAUGAAACAACAGUGGACAGGAGUUCUUGAAUGCUACGUUAUGUUUGGCUUUGCACAGAGCGGUUCAACGAGAGGAAAUGGCAGGGUAUGUUUCGAACCCAACACACAGGGUGUCUCUCGUUCAGCUAUAUAAACACGUGCCAGAAUGUAUAAAGGAAUGACAGGCUGUGUGCUCUGAAGUACUUUUGUGCUGCUUUUACCUUAUCCGUUUUCUUGUUGUUUUGCAAGUAAAUGUUUCUUUUUUUUUUUUUUUUCCUUGUGUUCUCUUACUGCAUAAUUAGUAUAUUUCAUCCUGGCCCAAGAUAACUGCAGGGAAAUCAGAGGCACCCUUGCUUCCAAGAGGAAAAAAAAAGGGUUUACAUGAUAAAGAGGAUGACUGGAGAACACAGGAAUGAUUUUAAGACUUCAGAAAGUACAGGAGUACUUGGAAUGUUUCAGUUGUGUGGGAGUAGGUGAGAGGAUUUUUGUCAGUAUUUGAAAUAAACUUUUACAUUAAUAAGA